GUAGUAGAGAAAUUAAAAUUUGGUUCUUGGUGAUGAAUGUAUAUGUGGUUAUAGAGUCUGAAUACAAGAUCUUAUUCUUCUCCAAUAAUUUAUGUCACAUUGAAGACUAUUUUGUUCUCAUAUUGCCUAUAUCUCCAAACUACACCUGGCUCAUUUAUAGUUGAUAGCUCUUUCCAACCCAACCCCACAGCCCACACCCCUACUCUGCAGCCAUAAUAACUAUUGCUAUUCUUCUCCUUAUUACACACCUACAAACACUAUUUGUGCAAUGCUUUGCUCAUUGUGUCCUCUCCUCUCUAUUAAUGGAGUCUCUGUCAGAGAAUGAAUGGAUGGAAACACUAAGUCAACCUUUACCAUUUGCACUUGUCCGAAUGGAGUCAUCAUCAAAGAGGUCCAAGGCCCCUGCAAGUGUUGCGCAUUGCUUGGUGGACCGAUGCAGCGCUGAUUUAAGGUUGUGCAGAGAGUAUCACCGGCGGCAUAAGGUCUGUGAAGCUCACUCGAAGACCCCUAGGGUGACGAUUGGGGGUCGAGAGCAGCGCUUUUGCCAGCAGUGCAGCAGGUUCCACUCACUGGUGGAGUUUGACGAAGGAAAACGCAGCUGCAGGAAGCGGCUUGAUGGGCACAACAGGAGGCGGAGGAGGAAGGCCCAAACACGCAGCUCUUCUACUCGAAUGGAGGAAAGGCUGGUGUCAUUCAGCAGGGAGCCACAGAUAGUAGCUGGUGUGAUGGGAUACCCUUGGUCCGGGGUGGAUGUGAACGACGGGAAUGAAAUAGGAGAAGGCGCGUUGCAGCAGCAGCAGCUCAGCUACUUGGACACAGCAGCAGCAGCAGCUCAUCAACUGGAAAGCAGUAGCUCCUCAGCCUUUGUAUCACCAAAUAUGAUGAUGGAAUGUGAUGGUGCUCUCCCUCUUCUGUCAUUUCCCCCUCCCGCCAUCGCCAUCGACUAUCAUCAAACCACCUUGCAUUUUCCUCACCACAAUGUUGGAUCAUCCCAUCAAACUCUCUCUUUCAUGUGGGACUAGCUGCCCUGCCCUCCCCUACCUCCUUCAUCAUCAACAAUGCUUCUCUCUCAAUUAUAUAUCAUGUGUGUUCAUCAACUUUUAUGCUUCAACCUCUUUACAAUACAGAAUCAGAAUAACUCUACUUGAACUAGAUUAUGACUCUGCACUCAUUCUUGGCUGCAACUAAAUUACACAACACCUCUCCUUUUUGCCUA